CUUUAGGAGCCCUUCUGAAAGCCAUUUUGUUUUUCAGAGCUCUUUGCAAGGGUACCGGACGCGAUUGCAACUAGCCAGCAGCUGCAGUUGCCGCAAUUCCAUUUACUUCUAAACGAUGUUUCCCGUGGCCAAAAACGCACUAAGUCGUCUUCAAGUUCGAAGCAUUCAGCAAACAAUGGCAAGGCGGAGCCACCAGAAACGUGCACCUGAUUUCCAUGACAAAUAUGGUAAUGCUGUAUUAGCUAGUGGAGCUACUUUCUGUGUUGCUGUAUGGACAUAUACAGCAACACAAAUUGGAAUAGAAUGGAACCUGUCCCCUGUUGGCAGAGUCACCCCGAAGGAAUGGAGAGAUCAGUAAUCAAACCAACUGGUGGUAUAAUACUGAAUUGUUUCAAAACCAACUUAUAAUUGAUGCCAAGUAAAAGCACUGUGUACCCAUUAAAAUAUGGCAUUAUUGAAGAAAUAAAGUACAUUUGAAACUUUUA